AUGAACAAUUAUAAAGAUAUUGUUGAAUGCGGCGUGCCUGGGGGUGUACCUGGUGGUGUGCCUGGUGGUGUGCCUGGUGGUGUACCCGGAGGUGUGCCAGGGGGCGUACCUGGGGGUGUGCCAGGCAGUGUGCCAGGAUUUGGUGGAUAUCAACCCUCAGCCAAAGCAGCUAAAUAUGGAGGACAGGUACCAGGUGGUGUACCAAGGUUUGGUGGUUAUUCGCCAUCGUCUACUGGAGCUAAUUAUGGCGGCGUGCCAGGCGGCGUACCAGGUGGCGUGCCAGGUGGAGUGCCAGGUGGAGUGCCAGGCGGCGUGCCGGGAUUUGGUGGUUAUUCACCAGCAGCCAAAGCAGCUAAAUAUGGUGGCGUACCAGGUGGCGUACCAGGUGGCGUACCAGGUGGCGUUCCAGGGUUUGGUGGUUAUCAACCAGCAGGUGGUGUGCCUGGUGGUGUUCCCGGUGGUGUUCCCGGUGGUGUACCAGGAGGGGCACCAUAUGCAGUGCCGGGAGGAUAUCCAAGACCUGGAACUGGUGCAUACUCACCAGCCGCCAAAGCAGCAAAAUAUGGAGGAGCAGGAGCAGGGCUAGGAGGAACAGGAGUAGGGAGCGUACCAGGAGGAGUCGGAGGCGGACAAUACCCUGGUGCUGCUGCUGCUGCUGCUAAAGCUGCCAAAUAUGGAGGAGCAGGAGCAGGGUUAGGAGGUGCAGGACUGGGAGGAACAGGAGUAGGGAGAGGACCAGGAGGAGUCGGAGGCGGACAAUACCCUGGUGCUGCUGCUAAAGCUGCCAAAUAUGGAGGUGCAGGAGCAGGCUUUGGAACUGGGAGCCUGGGGGGUACAGGCACAGGAUUAGGAGGAGGAGCUGGUUUAGUACCAGGAGGAGUCGGAGGCGGACAAUACCCCGGCGGUGCCGCAAAAGCUGCUAAAUAUGGAGGAGCAGGAGCAGGGUUCGGAACAGGAGGAUUAGGAGGAGGAGGAGGAGCUGGUUUAGUACCAGGAGGCGGUGGACAAUAUCCUGGUGCUGCUGCAAAAGCUGCUAAAUACGGAGGAGCAGGGGCAGGAUUAGGGACGGGAGUCUACGGGGCCACAGGAGGACUUGGAGCUGGUUCAGUUCCAGGACAAUAUCCUGGUGCCGCUGCAAAAGCGGCCAAAUAUGGAGCAGGGUUUGGAACAGGAGGACUUGGUGGAAUAGGAACAGGAGGCGGAGUACCAGGUGGAGGACAAUAUCCUGCCGCUGCUGCAAAAGCUGCCAAAUAUGGAGGAGCAGGAGCAGGGUUCGGAGGAGGAACUGGUUUCGGACCAGGAGCUGGUUUAGGACCAGGAGGAUUCCGAGGUGGACAAUACCCUGGUGCUGCUGCAAAAGCUGCCAAAUAUGGUGGAGCAGGAGCAGGGUUAGGAGGAGGAGGAGCUGGUUUAGGACCAGGAGCUGGUUUGGUACCAGGAGGAGUCGCAGGUGGACAAUACCCUGGCGCUGCGGCAAAAGCUGCUAAAUAUGGAGGAGCAGGAGCAGGGUUAGGAGGAGGAGGAGGAGCUGGUUUAGGACCAGGAACAGGACUGGGAGGAACAGGAGUAGGGAGAGGACCAGGAGGAGUCGCAGGUGGACAAUACCCUGGUGCUGCGGCAAAAGCUGCCAAAUAUGGAGUUGGAGGACUGGGAGGAGCAGGAACAGGAGCUGGUUUGGUACCAGGUGGAGUCGGAGCUGGACAAUACCCUGGUGCUGCUGCAAAAGCGGCCAAAUAUGGGGUUGCUGGACCAGGGGCAGGGUUUGGAGCCGGAGGACAAGGAGGAGCUGGUUUGCUACCAGGAGGAGUUGGAGGUGGACAAUACCCUGGCGCUGCGGCAAAAGCUGCCAAAUAUGGUGGAGCAGGAGCAGGGUUAGGAGGAGGAAGAGGAGCUGGUUUGGGACCAGGAGGAGUUGGAGGUGGACAAUACCCUGGUGCUGCGGCAAAAGCUGCUAAAUAUGGUGGAGCAGGAGCAGGGUUAGGAGGAGGAGGAGGAGCUGGUUUGGGACCAGGAGCUGGUUUGGGACCAGGAGGAGUUGGAGGUGGACAAUACCCUGGUGCUGCGGCAAAAGCUGCUAAAUAUGGAGCAGGGUUAGGAACAGGAAGCCUUGGGGGAACAGGAGUAGGCGGAGGAGCCGGUUUAUUACCGGGAGGUGGACAAUAUCCUGGUGCUGCUGCCAAAGCGGCCAAAUAUGGGGGAGCAGGAGCAGGGUUAGGAGGCGGAGGACUGGGAGGAGCAGGAACAGGAGCUGGUUUAGUACCAGGAGGAGUCGGAGGCGGACAAUACCCUGGUGCUGCUGCAAAAGCUGCUAAAUAUGGGCCUGCUGGUCCAGGAUUUGGAACAGGAGGACAAGGAGGAACUGGACCAGGAGUAGGAGGAGCUGGUUUGGUACCGGGAGGAGUCGGAGGCGGACAAUACCCUGGUGCUGCUGCAAAAGCUGCUAAAUAUGACACAGCAGGAGCAGGGUUAGGAGGCGCAGGACUGGGAGGAGCAGGAACCGGAGCUGGUUUGGUACCAGGAGGAGUCGGAGGUGGACAAUACCCUGGUGCUGCGGCAAAAGCUGCCAAAUAUGGAGCUGCAGGGGGAGUCGGCCCCGGGGGUGUGGGCCCCGGCGGUGUCGCCCCAGGCGGAGUCGCCGGUGGUCAGUACCCAUCUGCUGCAAAAGCUGCCAAAUAUCUGCCGGGGGCCACGCCACAUCCGGCUGCUGGCAUACUCCCGGAUGGUUCUGCCGCUGUGCUGCCAGGUGGUACUGGUGUUCCUGUCGCUGGAAAGCCACCAAAGGGAUUUGAUCCUUCUGGAACCAGUGGUCCAGGGCCCACAGCUAUUGCCACAAAUGUCAAUGCACCAGAGCUCCCACAGCCCACUGGUACUAAAGGUCAAGGCCCGCCUGGUGGCGCAGCAGAUGUUGGUGCAGGUGCUUACCCGUAUGGAGUUCCUUACGGAGCCGGAGCCGGAACCGGAGCAGCCGUGCUCCCCGGCGCCAAGCCUUUGAAACCUCCCGCUGUGGGAGGAGGAGUGGGAAUCCCCCUGUCAGGAGCAGGAUAUCAAGCGGGAUACGGUCCAUAUCAAGGAGGGUAUGGACAGGGUGGUUUGCCGUAUCCCUCCGCAGGUGGUGCUGGGGGAGGAGCUAAAGUACCAAAACCAGGCUAUGGAAAUCUUGGAGGUGGUGGAGGUGGUGGUGGAUAUCAGCCUCAGCCAGGUGGAUAUGUGCCCGCCCCCCUGACUCCUCAACAAGCCAAAGCGGCAAAGUACAAUGCCAACCCAUUGCAAGGCUUCCUCGGCGGCGCAGGGGGCGGAGCCUACAGAGGCGCAGCAGGAGCCUGCCAGGGGAAAUACUGCGGCAGGAGGAAGUAGAUGACCUCCCCAUUGUGACCAGAAGGAACCAUGGUGCUACUGCAUGAACUAGAAUGUACAUUUUAUACACAAACAUUCAAUGUUUUUUUGUUUUUGUUUGUUUUUUACUUGACUCCUGCUCUCAUGCAAACCCACCGACCAAGAAUUUAGUACUCCCCCCCCCCCUCCUCCGCCCCCACAUGUAUCACCAAUAGUGCCUUGUCGUUACUUAUGCAAAGUGUGUGUUCUUGUUGUGUGAAACGCAGCACCGAACCUCUCUGCCUUCAAUCUUUGAGCAAGGCAAACUGAAAUGUUGCAGCACACAACCUCUCUGACCCGUGAGAAGGCUGUUUUUUUUUUUGUUUUUUGUUUUUUUGUGGCCGAUCUCAGCAUGUUCUCCAGCCCUCCUUCUUCCUCGCUGCUAUUUUUAGCCCCAUUGGGUAUAAAGCAGUUGGGAACGGGACUCAGGCCAGCCCAUCUGUUCUCAUUAACUUUUUUGCUUAAGCAUUUCUCUGCACGGCCGUGCCUCUCAUUGACAUCCGUUGUGAUGCAAUUUAUUUUGUCACCCCCUGGAAUGUUUGAUUACGGCGGAGAAUGCUUAGUCAUGUGUCACUUUGCCCACUUUAGGGGUUUUACGGACAGGUUCUUUUUACACGCGUCGAUUCUAUUAUUAAAAAAAAAAAGUGGAUUCCCUUGUUAAACAAGGGCACCCAAACCCCAUUUUUUUUACUUACUUGAGCUGCUUUAUGGAUUUAAAGAAGGAAAAAGGCUUAUCUGACCAAAGGUUCAUAGGUGCUUUCUAUAAUUGUGUACUGUAUUUUGUACUAAUAUGAAGGUUGCUGGCAUAUCGUUGAUGUGCCAUCUUCAUCUUUAUUUAAAACUAUUUCUAUAAGGAGGAACAGUGUGGUUUUGCACUUUUUUUUUUUAUUUGUUUCCACGACACACAUGACUUGAUAUAAUCUGCCAUUGUAUUUGCUUUAUUAAAUACUAAAUAAAAUGUGUUUAAACAUG